CCGAAAACGUUUUAGUUAUUUGAUGCUACCUGUAAAACGAAUUAAAUCAAUUUGUCUUCCAAUUAAGUAGAACAGCCUAUACAUCUGCGCGAGAUAAUAAUCCAAGUUCAAGGCGCACCGAGCUGGGGUACAAGAUUCCACCCGCUAGGCGCCCGCCACCAUUCCACCGCGGAUGCUAGGACGAACCUCAUCCUGCCAAAAAGAACAUCCAGCGAACACUGGCCAAAAAUAAAAUUUCAUAGAUACUGGCCGCUAAGAAAAAAAUCUCACACAGACUGGCCGUUAAGAAAAUUGUCAGUGAUACGAUACUGGCCAUCGAGAAAAAGUGACUGCAUAAAGUGGAACAUUCAACCUUGCUGUGUCCGUGGGAAAAAUGUUGCUAAUUUGGACAUUAACUUUAGUUUGUGCAGCAUCAUGCUCAGACCGGUUCACCUUACCCGAGCUGCCUCCUGGCGAGGCUCCAGACCGUAUCCUCAAGUUCAUGGAGGACACGUACAAGACCGGCCGAGGCAAGUCCGCCUCAGAAGCGAGAGAGCCUCUGCUCCUCACUCCGCUGAUUGAGCAGAACAAAUUAGAAGAGGCUAGAGAGGCGGCGAAGGUCGACUCUGACUAUAUUCUGCCUGAUAUGGACAGCUAUGCUGGGUAUUUGACGGUGAACAAAGAGUACAACGCGAACCUCUGGUUCUGGUAUUUCCCAGUCACCGAUAAGAAGGUGGAAGACACUCCGUGGAUCAUCUGGCUGCAGGGUGGCCCUGGUGUAUCCUCGUUGUAUGGGCUGUUCACUGAGAUUGGGCCGUUUGUCGUCAAUGAAGAUGGCAAUUUGGAAGAACUAAAGCAUUCUUGGGGCAAGAACCACUCGCUGCUGUUCAUCGACAACCCUGUGGGCACCGGCUUCAGUUUUACUUCCGAUGAUCGAGGAUAUGCCACUAAUCAAACUACUAUCGGUGAGAACUUGUACACAGCACUGCAGCAGUUCUUGACAAUGUUCCCCGAACUUAGGAAGGCACCACUGACGAUCGCCGGUGAAUCCUACGCUGGCAAACACAUCCCGUCCAUCGGCAUACAGAUCCUGUGGAACAGGGAGAGAGACCAGCAAGACCAGCCUAUCAAUCUGCAGGGUCUAGCCAUAGGUAACGGCUUCAUCGAUCCCCUAUCCCUGCAACGCUACAGCUACUUCGUGCGAGAGAUCGGACUAGUUGACGACAAUGUCGCAGACUCCAUGCGACACUUGGAGUUGGCCGUCACUCAGUUCAUUAACAACGGGCAGAUGGUCAAAGCUUAUGCGUACUACAACUACCUCCUAACCACAUUCCUCCGUGAGUCCCACCUGGACAACCUCUACAACUUCCUAGAAACCGACAUCGGUCUCGGCGGCCCCCACAUCGAAUACCUCGAGCGCACUGAAGUUAGGCGCGCUCUGCACGUGGGCAGUACGAACUUCACGUCGGUCGGCGUGGUGUACAGGAAGCUGGUACCUGACUUCAUGAACAGCGCCAGGGUGUGGCUUGAGGAGCUGCUCGAGAACUACCGGGUCAUGCUUUAUAAUGGGCAUCUUGACAUCAUCGUGGCGUACCACCCGUCGGUGAACACGUACAACGCUCUCAACUUCUCCGGUACGAAAACCUUCAAGACAGCAAAGCGCAAUCCUUGGUAUCAUGACGAUAAACUAGCUGGAUACGUAAAAAUGGCGGGCAACCUGACGGAAGUGAUGGUCCUCGGUGCAGGACACAUGGUGCCCGCGGACAAGCCGGCGCCGGCCCUCGGUCUGAUCUCGGCCUUCGCCCGCGGCCUGUCUCUAGAUGAAGACACGGGGAACCUUGUCAAUGUAGAUAGGAAGUCUUUGCGGACCCGAAGACUCCCAGCGCAAUAGUCAUAUAGAAAUUUCUGUGGCUCAACCUCGUAUAGUUAAGUAUAUUAAAAAAAAUAAUGGGCUUACUCAUGGCUUACAUGACUCGAGUCGAGGCGAAAACGUAGCUUACGAUGGAGCGAGCUCGCCCAGAAGGCGCCUGUUCACCCUUCAUUCGUAUGACUCAACUCAACCCCGUAUCACAGAUCAGUCUGAGUACUAAAGCGAUUAUAACAUACGAGUUUGAGUGCUAAGGCUGGGAUAACUAACUGCAACGGGUUGAAUCACAGUCAUCGAUCCGAUAUCGAAUCUAAUCGGUUGUGAAAGUGUUAAUGAAUCAAGAUGAAAGACGUUUCGUGUCGUAUCGUUACAGAUCGAUAUUUUUCAAUAAAAUACGUAAGUUUAC